AUAAAGGGCGGGAGCGGGGGGCAGGGAGGCGUGCGCGUGAGCGUGAGCGAGGCCGGUGAGGCGGCGGCGCGGUGUGCGCGGCUGUGGCUGAGCUGACCGUUUCUUUGGAGAAGAAAAACCUUAACAUGGCAAGCAAAGGAAGUAAUACAGACUGCAUGUCAUGCAGUGUGCUGAACUGGGAGCAGGUCAGCCGCCUGCAUGAAGUUCUUACAGAGGUGGUUCCAAUCCAUGGACGGGGUAACUUCCCAACGCUGAAGAUAACUCUGAAGGACAUAGUUCAGACUGUUCGAAGUAGGCUGAAUGAAGCAGGCAUUGCAGUACAUGAUGUCCGUCUGAACGGCUCUGCAGCUGGCCAUGUCCUGGUCAAAGAUAAUGGUCUGGGCUGCAAGGACUUGGAUCUCAUUUUUCAAGUUUCUCUUCCAAGUGAGGCAGAGUUUCAGUUGGUUCGAGAUGUGGUGUUGCGUUCCCUCUUGAAUUUCUUACCAGAAGGAGUAAGCAAACUGAAGAUCAGUCCAGUAACACUGAAGGAAGCCUACAUCCAGAAGCUAGUUAAAGUGUCUACAGAGUCUGAUCGUUGGAGCUUGAUAUCACUUUCCAAUAAACAUGGCAGGAAUGUGGAGCUGAAGUUUGUAGACUGCAUAAGACGCCAGUUUGAAUUCAGUGUAGACUCUUUCCAAAUUAUACUGGAUUCCCUGCUCUUUUACUAUGACUACUCAGAAAACCCCAUGUCGGAGCACUUCCAUCCAACGGUGAUUGGGGAGAGUAUGUAUGGAGAUUUUGAAGCAGCUUUUGAUCACCUCCAGAACAAGCUGAUAGCUACCAAAAAUCCUGAAGAGAUCCGAGGUGGUGGGCUUCUGAAAUACAGUAACCUCUUAGUGCGAGACUUCCGGCCCAUGGAUAAAGAUGAGAUCAAAACAUUAGAGCGCUACAUGUGCUCCCGGUUCUUCAUAGACUUCCCAGAUAUCCUGGAUCAGCAGCGCAAGCUAGAGACCUACCUCCAGAACCACUUCUCCAAAGAAGAAAGGAGCAAAUAUGACUACCUCAUGAUUCUGCGCAGGGUGGUGAAUGAGAGCACUGUGUGUCUCAUGGGACACGAGCGAAGACAGACUCUCAACUUGAUUUCUCUUCUGGCACUCAAAGUGCUGGCAGAACAGAACAUCAUCCCUAACACCACUACUGUUACCUGUUACUACCAGCCAGCACCUUAUGUUAGUGAUGUAAACUUCAGCAAUUACUAUCUUGCAAAUCCUCCGGUGCCAUAUAGCCAGUCCUACCCCACUUGGUUGCCUUGCAAUUGAUUGCUUCACCUGAGCGUUCUUCAGCAGAGGCUUCUAAAAGCUGAAUGUACAUAGACAAGUGAUGGACAUUUGUAGGUUUUCUAAUAAGUAAGAUUGUUGGACUAAUUACUUCCUGGAAUGCAGUAGUAAUAUGCGACCAGGCAACCUGUGAAGAACCUUUUCAGUUUAUCUCUACAAAUGCCGAGAAGCCUUAUUACCUCUUCACUGGGAGAAGAGAACCAGCAACCAAAUAUUAGAGGAAUAGUUACAGGACUAGGUACUUGUCUUGGAAGUGGCUGUUGACUUGUCAUCUAAGUGGAGUAUUCAGUGAACUGUGUUAGUUAAUAGAGCUAAGACUGGGAAAUAUAUUGAGCAGAAGCUGAUUUAAAACCAAAACUUUCUGUUAACAAACUUUAUACAUCUUCUAUUCAGAUUCUAGCCAGCCUUCAAUUGAAUUGUUGUGUAAGAGUGGUCUUGUCAUGCUCGGGCUGCUUCUACUUUUUGGCUGUGUGGAACUGGUAACUGUCUGGAUAAUGUCCCUCUUGUAGAGGGCCUAUUGGCUGUUUCCUGUAGCGCAUGGGCAUAUGUGGUCCUGCUUCAAGUUCAAGGUUUCUUGGAAGUUGGAGAUGGAUUAAUGAGCCUGUCUCUAAAGCACGAGUUGGCUAGAUUCUUCUGGAGUAUGAAAAUAUGGAAGUUGACUUCUCUAAACAUGCAGCAGAACAGGAUCUAAACAAUUGCUAAUGUGAAGUCCUUGAAAUGAGGAAAUAAAGCCUUUAAUAGAACUGAAACCACUGCUUGAAUAGGAUGGGAAGAAUGCUAUUAAGAAGAGGCUCAAGAUAAAGCCUUUUUGACUACGUCUACCUAAACAGUUAUUGGCACAGCUGAGAAAUAGUGCAGCUCUUCCACUGAAGUUUUGAGUUUCUUUGUUGUGGGUCCACAGCAAGCAAAAAAUUCCACCAACCUGUAGGCUGAUGUGCACUCCUGUCAGUGUGAAUUUCUAAAGUGCCGCCUUGUUUUUUCUUGUACAAAUUCAGGCAGGUCCUGCAGGCUUGCCUUUGUCUCCACUUAAGAGUCAAGCUUUUUGGUUUAUCAUCAUCCCUUGGUCAUUGUGUAGUAUGGUCUUUUGGGAGGUUAAGUUCUUGGUCUAUUGUGGUCUUAAACUUCACUUGAUGAGGUGUAUAAACCCUAAGCAGAGCUCUAAGCAGAGACUGUAUAUGGGGAAAGUCUGCCCCUGGUUUCAGAAUAACCUCUGGAGGAGUAUCUACUUGGAGGCGUAGGGGGCUGAACUUCUUAAAGGGUAUGUGUUGAACUGAGUGCUUUGAUGCUUCUGUGCUUUGUAAGGAUGGUUCUGUAUAUAGCAGUACUAGAAACAAGGUAAUUGCCUUGACUGGCAACUUUCACUCAAUUGCAAUAGUAAAAUUCAUAAUGUAAAUGAUUUUGUUUCUUUGCUUAAUCAGAAGUAGACUAGAAAGGCAAAAGUUAGAGCUAUUUAAUGUACUGGUGCAAUGGUUAAGGAUACUUAAAUACUUGUUAACUCUUGACAUCUUGCUGUUCCCUGAGUGUAUGAGACCAAAGUGCUGGAUUAAACAAAUGAUUUAAGUGUAGGAAGAAAAGCAGACGAAAUAAAACUAUAUGGUUACUGUUAGAUGUGAAGAAUGAUAGCAGAGCAGCAUUUACUUGACAGUGGAAAAGCUGCCUGUUCUUGGUAGGACCAAAGGCUUCUUGUUAUGUUACAAGCUCUCCCACUUUUUUGUAACUAAUGCAUGAUGGCCACCUUAGUAUAGCAGCAAGGCUACUUUAUUUUUUGGUUUUUUUUUUUGUUUUGUUUUCUGUUCAGACUUCACUUAGCUUGGGAAAGCAGGGAGGGAUAGGAUUGUGAAAGCAGGCUGCAGCCAGGUAUGCUUGAUGUCAGUAUCUUAUACAGUUUUGUAAGCAUCUUCAGUAGCAAACUUUUUUUAUUAAAGGCUCUUGAAUAGUCAAAGUAUUACUUCCAAGUUUUUCUAGGAAUUGAAGCUUGGACUUGAUGCAGUUUACAGCAAAGCACUCCUCAUCUGGAAUACUGACUUGGAAGGCUUAUCUUAAAACUGAUGUGAUGUCAUCUGUGUCAAAUGUAAUGCAAGCUUACUGAUGGAAUGAGUAACUUCUGCAUGCAGAGCAAUAAUUGGCCUAUUAAAGAGUAUCGCUAGAAGGAAGUCCUUUUGUUUAAGAAUUUGUAAUUGCUUUCAUCCCUUAAAUAGCUUCAGCUGACUCGGGGGGGGGGGAGCUAUGCCUGUUCCAGAAGUACAUCUAAGCAAUGGUUUUGGUUUACAAGUUUCAUUUGCGUAUCAGCUUAGACCCAAGUCUUGUGGGAUUGCAUAGCUGGACUUUAAAAACUGUGUGUAUCAGCUCAUGCAGAAGAAGCAAUCAAUACUCAAGAGGAGUCCUUAAGUUUGAAGAAAUUCUUUUUCCUUACUAGCCUUUGAACGCCUUGGCUGCUGAGUGUCAGGCCACAUGUAUCUACUGGGAAACAAAGUGCUAGAAUAAAGCUCUCCUGUGGUCCUACUGAGGCAGAGCUAUGGACACCUAACUCCUCGCAAUAAAUAUUUGUGCUCUUGUUGAUGUAACUUAUUGCUGAGGCCUCUAAGGAAGCUUUGUGUUGAAUGCCUGCUCUCUGAACAGCUGACUCUUGGUAUAAGCUUUGCAGGACUACUGGGUCUUAAGUUGUUCUGGCAUAUUAAAUUACUAAUGCUUUUCAGCUUGGAUGUUAAGUUCUUGAGUAGUUAGACUGUAGCCUGAAGUUGCUUAUUACCUAGUGCAUUGGCACUAAAUAAAAGAAAACAAUGUUACUGGGACAAUGUUCUGUUUCUGUGCACGCGAAGAAUCCUAGUUUGGCAAUUCAGAUAGAGCUGAGAUACUAAAUAGAUUUGUCAGGGUGCUACCUGCAGUCUACCCCUUUCUGGUUUCAAAUUGUUUUGGCGGCCUGAUGUCCCAGGUGGCAGCAGUUCAAUCUGGUGUGUGCUAGUUGGUUUGUGAUCAGGUUUAUAAGGACCCUGCAGCUGGGAGUAAUAUGAGAAUGAGUGCUAAGGUAAUGACCCAUGGCCAAGUUCAGGCUGCCUGCUUGAUUCAGUCUCCUGUGGUGCUGAAUGGUGCAAACUUCUCUGCUUGCUUCUGUAUCAAGUAGAAGUUUGAGAGAGGCUGCUAAACUUCAGGCUAUUACCUUAAUGCAUUCUUUCUAGGCAGUGGCAUCAUAGCAGAACCGCAGAAAUACUGGACUGCAAGAUUUGUGUCAGCACAUCAUUCCUGAGGACUAGGCUUCUAGGAAACUAGACUAGUUUAAAAUAGCAAUUUUCUUCCUGUUGCUUAAUCUCUGCAGGGCUAAACCAGUCUGAAGCUAAGCAUCUGUUUGUGAAUAUUUCUCACCAAGUUCCCUUUAGCUUACAGUUUAUUGAUAUCAUUUCCUCAUCAUAAUAGAUAAAAUCUUUUUAUUUGAUAAAGAUGCUACUUAAGAAACCUACUAGUAAAGAGCAUUUCAGUCACUUUUGUGAAAUCCCUGUGCUAACCACCAAACUUCUGAAAAGUGAUAAGGUAAAGCAUACUUCAUGCUCCUCAGCUCAAGAUGUAACACUGUUUGUUUUCAGCUUGUUUGCUGUGCCACUAAGCUGGACAUUGCUUCUGAGCAACCAUUUUUCACAAUCUUUUGUUUUAACAUGAGUAGUCUGUCUACAGAGCAGAAGGUUUAAACCAGGUCUCAAUUAGAACUUUAAGUAUUUGAGCUAUAGAUAUCCAUAUUGUUGGACUGAAUUAUGGGGUUAAGCAUAUGGAUGUCAUGGGAUUCUGAUAGAAUAACUGCUGAUUUUUGGUAGUGAUCUCUGCUUAUCGCUACAUGAGAAGUCCAAGUCAUUUCUAAGAGGCUUUCUCCAAACAAGCUACUUCAGUUUUAAACUGCUGGUGUGCUGAUAGUGCUUGUGUAAUGAGAGGUACAGAAAACUGAUUGAAUUGGGUGCCAAAAUUGUUAGACACAGGAAUAAGCAAUAAGCCAGUCACUGUUAGUAGCAAAUGUGUGAUUUGGGCAUUGGGAGCCAAAUGCAUACUUCUAGCCUUUGCAUCUAAGUCUUGCUCAAACCAUUACUGUCAAAUGUUAAAUAUGGUGAACUGUAUUUCAUACGGGCUAUUUAAUUUCAGUGGAACUUGUUCUGAGGUGGAUUGCUGGGCUGUAGUUAUAGAAGCUUUGGGAGUGGUUGGAAUGCUCCAGCUUUUCUUCUUCACUGGAGGAGGCCACUCACUGAAGUGUUUGCAUUGGGCUUGUCUCUCUUUCUGGUUAAAACUGCACUUUUUGUUGAAAUGUAAAGGCUUUUUUUUUUCUGUUUAUUUUUUUAAAUUUUACUAUUAGAAGUCAGCUCUUGAAAAAUCUAUCUUGUACUUGUUUUGGAAAAGUGAUUUUUUUUUUUCUUUUUUUUUUUUUUUAAGCUGGCAGAACAAGAUACUAGAAAGAUUUCAAUUUGUGAUGAGCCCAAAUGUGAGAUUAGUUACAGUAACUACCUACUGUCCUGCACUGUGGUGUUCACUUGUCACCCUUGGAAAUUGGGUUUUGGAGCUUAAUGAUUCUGAAAUACUUGUACAAAUAAACUUGUGCGAAACAC